GAACCUUUACGUUUAUCUUUAAUGGGAUUGAGGUGGGGAAGUACUUGAGAUAUUAAAGCAUAAAAAUAUCGUACUUGCACAAGUAAUGCUACUUUUUGCAGGAUUAUUUGGGAAAUGCCUCAGAGCUUGGCCCAAGGACCUCUUUUUUUCUUGUUAAACACAGCUAAAGGCUGUCACUAGGCACCACUAUCUGUUUCCUUUUGCAGAUCCAGUUGUACAGGAAAUACAAACUCUAUGAUUGUAAUAACACUGCUUUCCUUGUAAAAAACUUCAAUGAAGUCUCCAUUGCAGAGAGGUUAAUAAUUUGCAAGAUGAUGCAGUAAGGGCAAAGGUCUUUCCAAGGUUCACUAACUGGGAAAUUCAUGGGAGUCUUGACAGCCAAUUCUUUCUAAGCCUUCGGCAGCAAAUAUGUUGGAAAUUACAGACCUUCAGAAAAUUGGUGUUGGGCUUGUUGGCUUUGGGAUGUUCUUCCUCCUGUUUGGUGUAUUGUUGUACAUGGAUUCAGUGCUUUUGGCCUUUGGAAAUAUCUUGUUCCUGUGUGGCUUGGCUGUUAUAAUUGGAUUAAGAAGAACUUUUGGAUUCUUCUUCCAAAAGCAGAAGCUUAAGGGAACCAGUUUCUUUCUAGGAGGCAUAAUAAUUGUUCUGUUUCGGUGGCCUCUACUAGGCAUGCUGCUGGAGACCUAUGGUUUCAUUAAUCUCUUCAGGAGCUUUUUCCCAAUUGUUUUUGGAUUUCUGGGAUCACUGGUGAAUAUCUCAUUUUUGAACAAGCUGUUUCAGAAAUUUGGAGACACCGGCUCUGCAGUGUAACUUCAAUGAAUGACUUGUCACCGGAGACAAGUUCCCUUCUUACAAGCACAGACAUUUUUUAUGAAUAGCCUGCUACCUCAACAGUGCAUGUUAUUUAGUGCUGAUUUAAAUAAUUUAUAUGAUCACUGUCAGAAAUGUGCAAGGUAAUUGGUAGAAUCAUUUCUUGUAAAAGGGGCAAUUAUAAUAGGGUUUCCACCUUGUGGUGCUGGUUUAUACAUACUUGAUUGUGACAAUGCUGUGUCUUUUAAAUAUACAAAAACAUACCUCGAUGUUCUUCAAUACCUGGAAGUAUCACACGUUGGGUAACAAGGGCUUGACAGCAAUGCAUCCAGAAAUGUCAACUUGAUUGUGGAAAACAAUAUUCAAGCAAGGACUAACACACAAAUUGAACUACUUGUAUAAAACUAAAAAGAAAAUAACUAAUAUUUGAUUUUAUCUAAACUACAUAGAGAAUGGGAAACAGGAAGCUCCCUUUGUCUCUUAAAAUAUAAAGAUCCCCUUUAUUAAUAAUAGGCCAGGUGAAAAACACAGAGGCAGAAUAUAAAAAUAUUUCCUCCUUCCCCUCUCUCUUAUUUUCUCUGCCCCCUGUUAUAUCUUUUGCAUUAGCAAUAAAAAUUAUGGAUGCAGUGAGCAGUCUCCGGCAAUACUAC